AUGGGGCCGAUCCUGGUCACCACUAUGGUCCAAGGUGCUGUCAAGGGGUCCUCGUCCGAAAAGCUGCACCCUUUCUUCCUAAAGGGGGCCGGCCGCGACUCAUCAGCAGCUUCCUCGGCGGACAGCACCCUCGCCAGUACCCAGCCGGUAACACUUGACGGCUCCAGGCAGGAUUCCCUCGAGGACGGUGGCCGCAGGAAGCGGCGAAAGAAAACAUCCGCAAAAGAUCAGGAUGAAGAUGAUCACGAGGCGAGUCAUCAGGCCCAGAGGAGAGGGAGCGAAAAGAGCGGAGAGCCUUUGAUGGAUGAUGGCAUGACAGGUCAUCAGGUAGCCCUCGAUCCGCCGUCCUCCAUCACAGACCUUCCUACCGCGACACAGACUGCGGCCAGAUUGCCGACGCCUCCCUCGACCGAUUCCUCGACAGCAAUGCCCCGUAUCCCUCUCGGGAUGAGCAAUCCGAGUGACCGACAGUCGGCGAGUGACACGGAGCCGGGGAAUGCCACGCCGCUGAAGCAAAGGGUUUUACGAUUCAACCCCAAAACGGGGACUCUUGGAGCACCUCCAAAGCCAAAGCAAGAACGUUCUCCGUCGCUGCUUGUGAUUAUUCGAUAUGGACGAGAUGAAGAAGAUCGGAAAAGAAUGGGCGAUAAAGUCACGCAGAUUCUCGACGGCAAACUCCAAAUCCUAGACAAUCCGACCAAGAAACGUGGAGGAACGACAUGUACAAAGUCCGAGGCCCCAUCCACGAAAGAACCCAUCACCCAGAAAAGCACCCACCCGUUCUUCUCCAGCAAACCGAAACAACCACCUCCAGAACAAGCCGGCUCAUUUCCGUCCAAGGACAAAUCUUCUGCUCUUUCGACACCGUCAACCUCGGGGGAGAAACCAAAGGCUUUUGCUGCGGAUACGCCUGGAAGGCCUUUGCAAUUCGGGUUCAAGUCGUCCGGGGCCAAGCUGCCGCGUGCGAUCAAUCCAAUGUGGCCGGCAGCUGGCAUGAGCCACGUUCGUGGCGAUGAGCCUUGCACGACCAAUGCUCAACGCCCAUUGCACAAGGCAGAAACGUCGAGGAAGUCCAAAGGGCUGGUGACAACCAUUUCCCUAGGGGAGUCCAUCCUUUCGCGUCUGCUCGACCAUGUAGACCUCGAUGCCGUGCGCCGUAGCCUCCCGACAGAUGAAGAUAGCUUUGCGCCCGCGCCUGCCGGAUUGCGGCUUCCAAAACGACGGUUCGAAACCGGGCGACAGCUUCGAAGGAGAAUACAACGACAACUCAGCAAAUCCGUGGCAGCUCUGUCCAUGGCGGAUGAUUCGAGCCACGACGAGCUCAGCGGCAAUCCCCAACAAACGAUUCAUCCAGCCAUACGGCAUCAUUAUCAUUCCUUGGAGACCCGCCUAUCGACUCUCGACAUGUCGAGCUGCGAGGGGCUUUCUUGGACGGCAAAGUACUGCCCCACGACGGCAGCACAGGUCCUGCAGACGGGGAAGGAGGCAGCAAAACUGAAGCAGUGGCUCGAGGCUAUGAAAGUGCUUUCGGUUGAUACAGGCGGGGAGGUGGCGUCCAAAUCUAAAUCGGAUGGAGCACCGAAGAGGAAGCGGAGGAAGAACAAACUAGAUGGGUUUGUUGUCGACAGCGACGAGGAAGAUGGCGAACUGGACGAGCUCUCCAACGACGACGAAGACGACGCUAGUGACGAGAGCCUGGCUGCGAUGGGUGUCAGAAAGUCCCUCAUACAGAGUCUUGGUGUUUCCGCCAAAAGCUCCAAGGACCAAAGGCUGAAAAAUACGGUUGUGAUCAGUGGCCCACACGGCUGUGGCAAGACGGCCGCCGUGUACGCCGUGGCAAAAGAACUCGACUUUGAGGUCUUCGAGAUCAACCCCGGAAGCCGCCGAAGCGGCAAGGACAUUCUGGAGAGAGUGGGUGAUAUGACUCGCAACCAUCUUGUUCGACAUCAUCGAACGCAGUCUACAGCUGCGGCCAGCGACGACGACAUCGACGACAAGGUUGCUGAGGAGAUCAAAUCAGGGAAGCAGGGCACAGUGGCCACCUUUUUCAAGCAGAAACCGCCGGCGGCGGCGGGCAAGCAAGGCAAGAGGCGAGAAAAGGAGAGUCCCGGCAGGGGCCCGACGAGCUCAGGGUUAAACUCCCAGAGACAGUCACUCAUAUUGCUGGAGGAGGCGGAUGUGCUGUACGAAGAGGACAAGCAGUUUUGGGCCACGGUCAUGGCGAUGAUGGUCCAAUCCAAGCGUCCAUUCGUCGUGACGUGCAACGACGAAAACCUGGUGCCGUUGCAAAGCUUGAGCCUGCAUGGGAUAUUCCGAUUCCAAGCUCCCCCGGCGAACUUGGCGGUGGAUCUGUGUCUUCUCAUCGCCGCGAACGAGGGGCACGCCUUGGGGAGGGCGGCGGUCGAGUCACUGUAUCGCUCUCGCGGGAACGACCUCCGAGCCGCAAUAUCCGAGCUCAACUAUUGGUGCCAAAUUGGUGUCGGCGAUCGCCGAGGUGGCUCGGACUGGUUCUACUCACGAUGGCCCAAAGGAUCUGACAUUGACGAGCACGGCGAUGUAGUGCGCGUCGUGAGCGAGGGUACAUACCUUGCGGGCAUGGGCUGGAUCGGGCGUGACCUGGUCGCAACGGCAUCCGGCAGGCUCGCGAUGGAGGAGGAAUUCAUGCACCAGUCUUGGGACUCGUGGAAGGUGGACAUGGGCGAUUGGCUGGCGUUGCUCGAUCUACGAGCUCCCGCGCUGGCGGCUUCGAGGGCGCCCUCGCCGUCCCAGGGGCGGCUCGUGGCCUUGACUGCCUAUGACAACUUCUACGACAGCAUGAGCGCAGCAGAUGUCUGCUGCUCCGGUCGGGCCUUUGGCACCAUGCUGCAGGAGCAGCUGGAUCCGACGCUGCCGGCCCUCCCCUCGAAGACCAAGGACGACUUCACCAUCGGGCAGACGCUUCUGGAGGUCGACAUGAUGUCGUCAUCCACUUUGUCGAACGCAGCCAUCUCGAUGUCGUUGAAGUCCCUCGGCCGAGAGAUUCUGGGCCGCUCGAUGGCAGGCUUGGAUUCGACCGCAGACUCGUCGUCACUCCGUGCCGUGGAUGAGCCAAAGGCCAUCUCCCUGCUGGACUCGUUUUUCCGGACCAACCGCCAUCAGCUCACACGGCUCGACGUUGCCGGAGCGUUCGACCCCAUCGCCGUCUCGUCCAAAGCUCAACCGAGCAGCCAUCUCGAACCGUCGGUGUUUGACCGCACGAUGAAGCUCAUCCUGCUCGACAUAGCGCCGUGGGUACGCGGGAUCGUGGCAUUUGAUGACCAACGGAUGCAGGAGCGGAAGAAACUCAGCAACCUUCUCAGCCAAGGGGGCAAGACAAAACGCAUGCGGACUACGAGGAGCGCAUACUCGGCACUCGAAGGCGGCGAGAGGAGACUGACGCGCAAGGAGAGGUACUUUGGACACGGCGUCUCGACGUACAUGGUGAUGCGCACGGGCGCGAAGUCGUACCCUCACGACUAUGUUCCCGAGAGGCCGAAGGAGAUUGUCGCGGAAGAGACGAUGACCAGCAGCCCCGACUCUGCCGACUCGCCGUUUUGA